AAAGUUCACUUGUGCUCCGCUCAGUGUUCGUGUUGUGUCCAUGUCUUCUGCCCGAAAACGCGCCGCGAAAGUUGUGUCACUGAGGAGAGGAAGCUCAUGUAAGAGACCGAAUGAAGGAUAGCUUUAAAGUCGGGUUCGUGCGGCUGCUCACUUUUUCGCUCCGACUGUGAUAUUAAGACACUUUUUUCACGCUGGUGGCUUUCAACGCGACGUCGGCGGGACUGCGUCUCAUCCCGAAGUUCCCAAGAUGAACUUCGAUCCGGUGGUCGGAAAACUCUCUGUGUUGGUGGCAGGACUCCUCGUCGGGCUGGUGUGUCACGCAGCAGAACCUCCGUCGCCUCAGUGGUCCGGCGAUGAAAACCAAAACCUCACCCUUCGGCGGCACAGAGCCUGUGUCGAGAACGAGCAGUACCUCCACCAGGGAUUCUGCUGCCUCAACUGCCAGGCUGGAAGCUUUGUGCAGAAGGCCUGCGAGCGAGACCAAGAACACGGGACAUGUCUUCCCUGCGAACACGGACAGACUUACACCGAGCAUUCCAAUGGGAUGAACCGCUGCCUGCCGUGUACACACUGCCGCUCAGAUGAGAUUGAAACGGCGUUGUGCACCACCACGACAGACACCAAGUGCCAGUGCAAACAGGGAACCUUCUGUGUCCCGGAUCAGGCCUGUGAAGUCUGCAAACGUUGUGCCAAGUGUAAACCAGGAGAGGAGGAGUUGAGGAAGUGCACCCCAUUUUCUAACACGGUGUGUCGGAAACGGGAUCCGUCCCCGACUGAAACCUCCCCAGAUCUCUCUACACCGACCCCUUCCUCCCCAGGAGACAUCGUAAUUCCAAUAUGUAUUCCCUUGGUCAUCUUCCUCAUUGUUGUCAUUGUCCUGGCGGUGUGGUGGUUCGUGUUCAGGCAGCAGUCAUGUGACAUACCAUGUUCAAAGAGCCAAUGUGAUUCCAGCGAAAUCGUAAAGAUUCCUAUUGAUGAGAGUGGAGCCACAGCGGAAGAGAGGCAGAACGACCAGAACGCUGGUCUGGAGGGCGAGGAGUCUCGGCCAGAGUCUCGUCCCCUCCUGCAGGAGACCCAGGUCGGCAUAACCAAGUCGCCGCCGCUCGAGGAUGAGGACCGAGGACUGGGCGACAGUCUGCCCAACACGACGAGCUCGUCUCAAACCAGCCUGUCGGCUCUGCCCACUGCAGCUUCCUCUGGUAACACUCCGCACCAGAGCCCCACUGCCUUCAGACUGCUGCCUGCAGACAUGGAUGAUCCCCUGAGACAUCGGCUACUGCCACUACAAGGGUCAGAGAAGUCCCUGAGGAAGAGCUUUGAUUUGUUCGACGAGUACCUGGACGUGCGGAUCCACAACAAGUUCUUCAGAAUGAUCGGCGUCAGCGACAACCACAUCCGGAUCGCAGAAAACGGCGCCACUAGUGACAAAGUGUAUGAACUGCUGAAGAACUGGAUGCAGAGGCAGGGACUGAAAGCGGACAUCAACGACCUGUUGGAUGCUCUGCUGAGCAUGGACCAGCGGCGCUCGGCCGAGAGCAUCGCCUCCACGGCGCUGCAGAGAGGCUACUACAAGCACGCGGACGCGCCCUGAAAGAGAACAAGCUUAAUACUCGACAAAACUAAAACAAAAAAAAAAAGCACAUAAGACGCUGUCGGUGGACGCUGUGUCUCACGAACAGGCUGACCUCUCUGUGGCUGAUGUGCCACCCAUUCAAAAGCCAGUAGUUUUUUGUUUUAAAAAAAAAAAAAGAAUAAAAACACAAAAAAGGGGGAAGGUCAACUCUCGCCGAUUAGUGCUCCGAGGAUGUUGACUCUCUGCCGAUACACCGAGGUGUAAUAAUGAACAAGAAGGAAAAGGGUUUGUGGUCAAAAUUCACCAGCACAGUUGCCACAAACUCAAAAAACAUGAAGGCGUCGACGUCCACAGGCGCAAGCGGCCGUGCGCUCUUGACGUGCGGCCCCAGACUGAAAGCUGAAGACGUCUCUGGGUGCGCGUCUCUCACCUGGUCCUCUACCCAGAACACAGGACGCUGCCUGGAGACGAGGAUAUACACUGGUUUGUAGGAGUGGCAUUAGCUGUGUCACCAAUACUGUGCCUCUUUGAUGCACUGACCUCUGGCACAUGUAGGAUGUAAAAUUACAAUAAUGCCAUGUGUGUUUGUCUGUGAGUGUGUGUGUUUGUUUUUGUCCUUACUGACGGAAGAAUCUUGCCAAGAGUUAUCACGCAGCCUUACUAAUCAUAAACUUUACCUCCUCAAUGCUGUUUGAUAAUCAACAUUUUCUCUUUCUUCAUGAUUUCAUCCAUACAAUGGAGCGAUUCAGACAACUUCUGCAGAGCUCAGUGUUGCGACACACAAGGAAUUUCACACAAGCUCGUUUCUCUUCUGUUGGAACAGCUGUCGACGGUUCAGUAAAAGCGCUUCCAUGAAGUUUUCAAGCGAGUCAGAAAAACUACAAAGGUCAUUUUGUUUUUAUUUAUUGAUAUAUUUAUUGUAAUGAAUAAUAAUUAUUAUUUAUACCUUUGCCAAAAGUGACCCUGGGAACCAAACACACUGACUGUUUAGCUUCAGGGCAAAAAUGACUGACAUCAAAAACAAACAGAAACACUUUCAAACUCGCCGCGUUCGGCUCAUUUCUUCACAAAUGAGCGGCUCUCAUUCUGUGUCACGUUAGAGUUGUGACAUCGGUCAAAAUAAGGACCGAGUCCAGCUGUUUUUAGUUAACUGACCGUAACCGUGUGCCGGCGGCGACUCGAGGCACAGGUACCGAUUGUUUUUUGUCUUAGUUCGACUCAGAGAAGAUGAAGGAAACCUUUUCUGGAUUCAAAAAUAGAAGCUCCGAUACAUUUCCCCCCCCCCCCCCCCCCACUCCUACUUCUCUCCUGUAGUGUACAUAGAGAGCAGUCAUGCAUGUAUGAAUGUACUGUGUAUAUGCAGAGCUCUGUUAAUAAAACACUGAUGUAUGAAGUAAUUGAAUUAUGUGGCUGAAGUACAUGAAUUUGCCCAUUAAAUGUUUCUGCAGCCUCUCUCUUGUGUAUAAAAGGUUAUAGAGAUAUAUUAUGUUGCUACAGUGCUGGCACUGCCAUCUAUUGACAGACGAUGAAAAUACAGCCUGCAUCAAUUUCAAGGGACACUAUACAUUGCUUCCACUAACUAAUUCUUCUUUUUUAAUUCAAGCAUUUCUCCACUCGUAGCCUUUUUUAAACGUAGAAAAGAAUAAUCUACGCAGCUUUUCCUGAAGUAGCAUAGCAGUGAAUAGGCUUCAGUGCAUGUUCAAGUGAAUGUAUGUGUCUCUUUUCUUUUUUUUUUUUGUACAUUUUCUGUGUUUUUUUGCGCUUACAUAAUUUGAUUGUCCAAAAACUGUUCAGUUGGCUCCCCUGCUCUUCUGUCUCUGCUCAGCCUAACACAAAGUUAGGUCAUUUCCUCCUUAGUUAUUGUUUGCUUGUCAUGGAUUUCAGAUUUAAAUUAUGCAAAUACAACAAAGCUGUUUUCAUGUCAAUUUCAAAUAAAUGUUUUGUACAGA